UAAGGUAAAUCUGUAGUUACUGAGUUGUGUAGACAUAAACAAACCAACAUGUUGAGAAGGCUUGGUCAAUGUCCUUUUUUGUUAAUUUCAAGGGGAAUUAGAGGUCAAGUCUGUAGUGGUGCCAAACCGAGAAGAAGAAGUGUACCUCUUGAGCAGCAGAUAAGUGAUGAAUUGAGGUUUCCAUUAGUGGAUGACCAGUUACAGCGGCUGGUGAAGGAGAGUAAUCUAAAACAACACAAAGAUGAUAGACCUCAAAAGACCCGCCAGAAAGAACCUCAGAAAAUUAAAUCAAAGAAUAAUCUCAAGAAAAUAAAGCCAAGAAGGAACACCCCGCUAACCAGUCCUGUCACCUGUGAAGACCAGCAUCAACUCCUCGCUCAAGUGGUCACUCCCUUGUGCCAGGUGCCAUAUUACCAGCAACUCAAGAUGAAGGAACAUCAAACACAGAAAGUAUUGCAGGUUUUGUCCAAACGACUUACUGAAGUUCGAGCGCCGGUAGUAAGGACCGUGCGAGGGCUUCCAUGUCCACUUGAACCAACCAGACCAUCUCCUGAUUUAAUCGCUUAUCGCAACAAAGAUGAAUUUGGGAUCCGCACUGGUGUAGACGGUGACCCCAAAACUGUUGGUUUCUUCGUUGGACGACCCUCAGACCCGCUGAUGGUGUGUGUUCCCCCAACCUAUCUCAUCAACAUGAAGGAAAGUCACAAGUUUAUUGUUCAGAGUUUCCAGAACUAUAUCCGACAGUCCGCACAUGACGCCUGCCACCAGUUUGAUGAUGGCGGAAUAUGGCGAAAUAUUACCGUGCGGUCAACUCAAAGUGGAGAUAAAAUGGCCUGUGUUGUCAUCCAUCCACAACAGUUGCCAGCUGAAGGGAUUCAAGAAGUUAUGGAAGAUUUAAGAAGAUACUUUUUUGAAGGGGAAGGAUCAGAGUGUGAACUUGACUCUCUCUACCUACAAGCAUGUAAACACACACGGUGCACACGAGAGCAAGCACCAUUACAACUGGUUGCUGGGAAGGAACACAUUACAGAAACCUGCUGUGAUUUGACUUUCCAAAUAUCACCAGAUGCAUUUUUUCAAAUUAACACUAGAGGAGCCGAGGUAUUGUACAGAACAUUACAAGAAAUAGCAGAGGUCUCUCCCAUCACCACCUUACUCGACAUCUGUUGUGGAACUGGUACUAUAAGUCUCGUCAUGGCACCACAUGUUCGAGGAACUGUUGGCAUUGAUGAGAUUACUGGAGCUAUAGAAGAUGCAAAGAAGAAUGCUUAUAAUAACAGUAUUUCAAACACAACUUUUAUACAAGGCAAAGCUGAGAAGAUACUCCCAAAGUUAACUCAGACCUUGAGAAACUGUGCUGAUGUUGUUGCUGUUGUCAACCCAGCACGAGCAGGACUCCAUCCAAGUGUGAUUCAAACUAUUCGUCAGUGUGAAGCCAUUAAUAAAUUGAUUUACAUAAGUUGUAAACCAGAUGGCUUUGCAAUGGAAAACUUUGUGAGUCUCGGGUCGACUCGGAGCACAGGCGUCAAGAAAGACCAUUCUGCUCCUUUUGUUCCAAGGUAUGCGGUGCCUGUGGACAUGUUCCCACACACUGACCACGUAGAACUGGUUCUUUUAUUUGAUCGAGUAACUAAUUAAUUAGAUUAUGUUUCUGUGUACAGUAUUAUUGUAAUAUAUUUAUUUUUAUUGAGUUACUGUAUAAAUAUAAGAAAUAAAAUAAAAUUAUCAUAAA